AUGGCUUCCGCUCGCGAUCACGCACUUCCGAUGGCCGCGCCGUUUUGCGCCGCCGGCGCUUCAAGGGCCGGCACCAGCUCUCGGUAUAGCCAACGGUUUGUUGGCUGA